AUGAAGACCUCAUGGGCGUUGACCGUUUUGGUCGCGCUCGCCUCCGCGAAGCGCUCUUCAUGUUCUCAGUGCCGUUGCUUGCCCAGUGACGGCUGCUGGCCCUCUCCUUCCUCCUGGGCCGCGCUCAACUCCACUGUUGGUGGUCGUCUGGUCGCUACCGUACCCAUCGGAUCCCCCUGCCACGAUCCCAAUUACGAUGCGACCGCCUGUGCGGCUUUAAAGAAUGCCUGGAAUCUUCCCCAGACUCACAUCGAAUCCUCCUCGUCCAUCAUGCAGACCUACUUUGCCAAUCAGAGUUGUGACCCCUUCACCGCAGAGUCCACGCCGUGUCUCAUGGGCAACUAUGUCAAUUACGCCGUCGAUGUCUCCUCCAGCGACGAUGUGAUUGCCGCCGUCAACUUCGCCCGGAAGAACAAUAUCCGCUUUGUCAUUCGCAACACUGGUCACGAUUACUUUGCUCGCUCCAGUGGUGCUGGCGCUCUUUCCGUUUGGAUGCACCACUUCAACGACGUUCAAUACCGCGACUGGUCCGACGCUCACUACAGCGGUCCCGCGUUCAAGGUCGGCGCUGGUGUGAUGGGCUACCAGGUGUUGGAGGCGGCUCACGCCAAGGGCCUGGUCGUGGUCGGCGGCGAAUGUCCCACCGUCGGUCUCGCUGGUGGAUAUAUCCAGGGAGGUGGACACUCCGCCCUCAGCACCUCCUUCGGACUGGGAGCCGAUAACGCCUUGGAAUUCCAGGUGGUCACGGCCGCGGGAAAGCUGGUCACUGCCAACCGGACCACUAACCCCGAUCUCUUCUGGGCUCUCAGCGGCGGUGGUGCCGGCAACUAUGGUGUCGUCGUCUCGGCCACCAUCAAGGCGCACCCCGACGCCACUGUUGCUGGCGCUAGUCUGCAGUUCCUCUCCAGCAAGACUACCCCAGACAACUUCUACGAGGCUAUCUCCGAGUUCCACGGUCUGCUACCCGCCAUGAUUGAUGCCGGCGCCACCGUCAUCUACCAGGUCGCCUCCUCCUUCUUCGCGCUCAACCCGGUCACCGCGUACAACAAGACGACCAACGAUGUCAAGGCCCUCUUGACACCCUUCCUCAACGUCCUGGAUUCCCUGAACAUCACGUACGCUGUUGCCUACACCGAGUACGCCUCUUACUACGAUCACUACAACAAGUACAUGGGCCCCUUGCCCUACGGUAACCUCGGAGUGGGUGAGUACCAGUACGGUGGUCGUCUGAUCCCCCGUGAUGUCCUCGACAACAACGCCGCUGGCUUUGCCUCGGUCAUCCGUAACAUCACCGAGCACGGCGUCAUCGCUGUCGGUGUCGGUAUGAAUGUCUCUCAGCCCGGUGAUGUCUCCAACGCCAUCUUCCCCGCCAUGCGCAAUGCCGCCGUCACCAUGCAGAUCGGUACGCACUGGAGCGAGACCGCUCCGUGGUCCCAGAUGGUCGCCGAUCAGUACCGGAUGACCGACGAGUAUGUGCCCCAGCUGGAGGCGGUCACCCCUGGCAGCGGCUGCUACCAGAACGAGGCCAAUUUCCGCCAGCCCAACUGGAAGGACACGUUCUUCGGCGUCAACUACACUCCCCUGCUCAAGAUCAAGCAAAAGUGGGACCCCAGCUACUUCUUCUACGCUCUCAAGGCCGUUGGCAGUGACUACUGGACCGUUGACGACUCGGGUCGUAUGUGCCAUGCUUGA